UUAAGGCAGGAAUUUAGUUGGGUACUGGGCGCUGAAAAGUAUUUAGAGGGAGGGAAUCAACGGGGUUCUGAGAGCGAGCGAGGGAAUCAACGGGGUUCUGAGAGCGAGGGACAACGUGCACAAUCCAAUUCGCGGAACUUUCGGUUACACUUCACAGAAAGCAAUGGAGGGCAGCGCCGCCGUAACCGGUCUGAAGCCAGAUUACCUUCUUCCUUCUUCUCGCCGUGCUUCUCCUUUUCUCCAUUCCUAUACAUCUUCACGCUCCUCCUUCCACAGAAAGCAUUCGUCUCCAUUCUUUCAUAAGUUCCAGAAGAAGCUUCGUCUUCCUUCCUUCAAUGCUCGUCAAGCUGUAUCUCCCAUCAGCAAAGAGGAAAAGGAAGUACCCGACUUAGAUUGGGACAAUCUUGGUUUUUCGAUAGUUCCUACUGAUUAUAUGUAUGUCAUGAAAUCUUCUCAUGGUGGAGACUUUUCCAAUGGCGAAUUGCAGCGUUUUGGGAACAUUGAACUGAGUCCUUCUGCUGGAGUCUUAAAUUAUGGGCAGGGAUUAUUUGAGGGUCUAAAAGCAUACAGAAAAGAAGACGGUUCUAUUCUUCUCUUUCGUCCAGAGGAAAAUGCAUUGAGGAUGAGGUCGGGUGCAGAGAGGAUGUGCAUGCCAUCACCAACUGUUGAUCAGUUUGUGGAAGCUGUGAAGGCAACUGUUGCGGCCAACAAACGUUGGGUGCCCCCUUCAGGUAAGGGUUCAUUGUACAUCAGGCCUUUGCUGAUGGGUAGUGGAGCAGUUCUUGGUCUUGCCCCUUCUCCUGAGUACACAUUCUUAAUUUAUGUUUCACCUGUUGGAAACUAUUUUAAGGAAGGCAUUGCACCCAUAAAUUUAGUUAUUGAGCAUGAGUUACAUCGUGCUACACCUGGAGGUACUGGAGGUGUAAAAACUAUUGGCAAUUAUGCUGCGGUCCUGAAGGCGCAAUCUGCUGCAAAAGCGAAAGGCUAUUCUGAUGUUUUGUACCUUGAUUGUGUGCACAAAAAAUAUCUCGAGGAGGUUUCAUCCUGCAAUAUUUUUGUCGUGAAGGGGAAUGUGAUCUCUACUCCUGCCAUAAAAGGGACAAUAUUACCUGGAAUUACGAGAAAGAGUAUAAUUGACGUUGCUCGUAGCCUUGGAUAUGAGGUUGAGGAACGAUUUGUGGCAGUGGAUGAAUUACUUGAAGCUGACGAGGUCUUUUGUACGGGGACAGCAGUGGUUGUAUCACCUGUGGGCAGCGUCACAUAUCUCGGAAAAAGGACAUCUUAUGGAGAUGGUGUUGGAGUUGUUUCACAACAACUCUAUUCUGUGCUUACCAGAUUACAAAUGGGCCUUAUCGAAGAUAAGAUGAAUUGGACUGUCAGCCUAUCGUAGGCAUAGGGUGACAUUAUAAAACCCCCCUCUACCUUUUUCGCUAGUUCCAGAAAUUGUAGUUUUCUCAUAUCUAAUUUAACCGUGUAGAUAGUUUUGGACAGUGUUCCAAGAAUUUUAAGAUUUCCUGCAUGUUUUGGUUUGAACUGGAAAUGACUAGCGUGACA